AUGCUCUUUCUCAAAACCCUUGCUGUCGUUGCUAUGGCGGUCGGCCUAGCGGUCUCCGGCCCUGCACCGGGACCUGCACCAGCACCAGUUCCCGAAGCCGCACCAGAACCAGCUCCAAAUGCAUCGCCUAUUGCGAUUGCAGAACCGGAUCCUCGUGCAGAGCCAAUCACGGAGGAAAACCUGGUGUACGUGCUUGUUCCUGUUGCUCGGGAUGGAGACACGGUUGUUAGUGCAAGGGAGGUCAGAAAACGCGAGGUGGUUGCAUAUGAUCUUGCGCUGCGUGAUGAGGAAGCAAUUGCGUAUAACCCGGCAUACAGCUACACAUAUGUCUUGGUGUAUACGUAUGUGCUUGUGUAUGUUUAUAGCGGACUUUAA